AUGGUGCUCGAAAUUCGUGUCACCAACCCUUCGGAGAAGUCGAUCACACCGGAACGAGCGAAACCGUUCUGUGAGGAGCAGGAAGAUCGCCAGAAUAACAACAACGGUCUGGAACAUAGCCCACGUAAUGGAUCGUCCCCGGGAGGACGAACUCCCGGGCGGACCAUAGGACGAGAUGAGCUUGAAGCGAUCAAGACCAACCUGCUCAACACGAACGAGGUGACGUUCUGCACCGUGCUUGAUUCUGAUCUCGGUCCAGCACCCGAUUCACCCGGAUCGUGGCGUGGAAAUUACGAGAAGAACCUGAGCAUGACCCAACUGAAGGUGCCUGGUGGUGGUGGUGGUGGUGCUGGAGGUCGAAUCCGCUUGAAUUCGGAGAUGUCGGAAGCGGACUCGAUCCUGUCGUCGUAUCACGAGCCCGAAAAAAAGAAACCACCCAAAAUCCCGGACGGUGGCUAUGGAUGGGUGAUCGUGUUCUCUUCGUUCAUGAUCUCGCUCAUCAUGGACGGUGUGUCCUUUUCCUUCGGGUUGAUCUACACCGAGCUGUUGGAUUACUUUGGUGAGUCGAAAUCGAAGACUGCCUGGAUCGGGUCCUUAUUCAUUGCCGUGCCGCUGCUGGCUGGACCGAUCAUGUCGAAUCUUGUGGAUCGGUACGGUUGCCGUAAGAUGACCAUGCUCGGUGGAUUUAUCAGCGGGAUCGGUUUCGUGUUGGCAUCCUUCUGCCAGUCGGUCGAGCAGCUGUACUUCACGUUCGGCAUCCUGUCCGGUGUAGGGCUCGGGUUUGGGUACGUGACCGUGGUCGUUUGUGUGGCUUUUUGGUUCGACAAACGGCGCACGUUUGCGACUGGUAUCGGAGCGUCGGGAACCGGAAUCGGCACGUUCGUGUAUGCGCCCCUGUGCCAGUGGUUGAUCAACAACUUCGGGUGGCGAGGUGCUACCCUCAUCUUGGCCGGAACGCUUUUCAACAUGGUGGCGAUGGGAGCGCUGAUGCGUGAUCCCGAGUGGAUGAUCGAGGAGAGCAAGCUCGAGAGCCGAGCCCAGAGUAUCCAGACGUUCUCGAACUCGAGCGUGUAUUUGGACGAGAUCAAGAAGCUCAUUGAGACGGGCAUCCCGAAAGAGCACGUGCUCGAUACGCUCGUCACGAACGUUAACACCGAGGCUAACCAGGUUAUCCCACCGGAAGAUCCUGCCAUCACGAAAAAGUAUCAGAGUGAGGUGGCUCUGCCGACGUUCUUCACCGAGCAAGAGCAACAGGGGAGCGUGGUGGCUCCUAUCCACGAAAAUCUGCACACGAGCAAUCGCUCGUUACGGCAAAACGUGCUCACGAAGGAAGCGUUCAAGCGCAGCGGACGGUUAGCUCACGCGAAAGCCCGGUUAGCCAGUACCGAAACGCUUAAUUCGUACGAGAAAUUCACCGACGAAGAGGACGUUGAAGAUGAAGACGACGACGCUAAUCGAUUGCACGUGGAUGGUGUCAGUUUGGGUAUUCAUGCCUCGUUGAAAACGCUCAGUGUGGCCUCGCUCGAUGAUGGGUAUUUAAGUGUACAGCGACAGCAGGAGUUACACGAGAAGGGCGGUGGUAGCACGUGGUCACUGGAUGAAGUGGCACUGGCAGGAUCUUUGGUCGUUCCUACUCCACAUGGUGACUCCACGAGUGGUGGCGGUGGUGAUGUGAGUCGGGCUGAGAAAACACGCAGUUUCCGGGGUAAUUCGCUAGAUGUUGUGUACGAAAACGAGAUCUUCAAUCCGAAUGUUGACACCAGCGUGACGUUGGUGGUGCCGAAGCAGAGAAAAUUGCAGCAUCAGCAGCGCUCGGCAGCACCGCGUGGUGGUGGACUGAAGAAGCAACAGCAUCUCGGGCGGCAGCAUUCGAUGCGGUACUCAAACUUCUACAAGGACAUGCGGCUGCACAGGAACUCGAUCCAUUACCGGGGUGCGCUGCUCAACACACACCGUUACCGGUUGAAGGCGUCUUCUUGUCCAAACAUCUACCGCAACUCGAUGACCACAAUCGCUAAAGAGCAUGACGAGCCAUGGUACGGCAGUUUUAUCGAUACGCUGAAGUCAAUUUUCGACUUUUCGCUCUUCUUCGAAUUCCACUUUGGCAUGCUUUCAGUUUCGACGCUGCUUCUCUUUGUUUGGUACAUUAUUCCCUAUUUCUACAUCCCCGGGUACAUCAUAAAGUACGGCUUUAAUGAGCAGGACGGAGCGAACCUGAUCUCCGUAAUCGGUAUCACUAACACGAUCGGUAUGGUCGGUCUCGGGUGGCUCGGCGAUCAACCCUGGGUAGACGUAAGCAAAACGUACGCCGUGUGCUUGUCACUGUGCGGUGCAUCGAUCUUCGUCAUGCCGUGGGUCAUCUCGAGCUACGUCGCGAUGGUAAUCCUGUGUAUCAUCUUCGGUUUCACGUUCGCCAGUACGUUCUCGUUCACUCCCAUCAUCAUGGUGCGACUGGUGAGCUUGGACGACUUCACCGUGGCGUAUGGACUGGUGCUGUUGGUGCAAGGCAUCGGCAGUUUGAUCGGGCCACCGAUCGCUGGCUUUCUGUACGACGUGACCGAACGAUGGGAUGAUUCGUUCUACGCGGCUGGCUUUUUUAUCUUUCUCUCGGGGGUUUGCGCAUGGGCAAUCGGUCCACUAGAGCAUAGCUCGGACAACGAUGACCAGGAGAAGGAAAGCGAAGCCCUCAGCUCGACGGCCACGGCUUGA